AUCCUCUACUACGAUGCCUCCAAAGGGCAGAAAAGGCUCUGCUGCGCUUCCUGCGAAGACUUUGGUUCUCGAUAAUGGCGCAUACACAAUCAAAGCUGGUCUGAUACCUACUACUUCAGCAAACCCUACUAUCGACGACUGCAGUGUCAUUCCCAACUGCGUCGCUCGCAGCAAUCGAGAUAGACUGACGUACGUCGCAUCUGAGCUCGCGGAAUGCAAGGACUUCGGCGAGUUGGCUUUUAGGAGACCAGUCGAAAAGGGGUUUAUUGUCAAUUGGGAGGCAGAGAAAGCGAUAUGGGAGCACGAAUUCCUGGGAACCGCGGGGGAGGGGUUAAGGUGUGAACCGAAAGAGACAAAUCUGCUAUUGACGGAGAAGCCGAAUUGCCCUAAAGAGUUGCAGAAGAAUUGCGACGAGAUUGUCUUCGAGCAGUUCGAGUUCGCGGCUUAUUAUCGUUGCGUCGGACCGAUUUUGAACUCCUACCACCCUUCGGAACCAUCAUCCUUAUCAUCUCUGCCACAAGAGUGCCUCCUCGUCAUCGACACAUCCUACUCCGAUACAACCGUUUUGCCGAUAUAUUCUGGACAGCUCAUUCAGCUCGCAGUGCGACGUCUGGAGGUUGGCGGAAAGCUUAUGACGAAUUACCUGAAGGAGCUUUCUUCGCUUCGACAUUACAACAUGAUGGAGGAAACAUAUUUGCUGAACGAAAUAAAAGAAGCAAUCUCGUUUGUUUCGCCGUCUGCGCAUCAAUUCGCGAAGGACCUGGACCGGACAUGGAAAGGUCGUUUGGGUGACAAGAGAACUUUGGAUCCUGAUAUAGUUGUCGAUUAUGUGCUCCCAGACUACGAGCAGUCUGUCCAUGGGUACGCACGACCACAUGACCCGGCCAAAUUAAAGAUGCGUCGAGGGCUGCAGCCCCUACAAGGACCAAGAGAAGAUGUUCUCCCGCUUGGCAACGAACGAUUUGCGGUGCCAGAGUUGCUAUUCAACCCAACAGAUAUUGGUAUGCAAGCGGCUGGACUACCAGGAGUGAUUAUGGAGUCGCUGGCUGUUCUUCCGGAGGCUCUCAAAAUUGGAAUGCUCGCUAAUAUUGUCGUUGUUGGAGGCAAUUCCUUGAUAUCAGGUUUCAUGGAGAGGCUAGAAUCUGAACUAAGAGUAAUGGUGCCAUCACAGUAUUUACUCAACGUCACUCGAGCGGAUGACCCAAUCAAACAUACUUGGCUGGGAGCUGCACGGUUCGCAAGCCAAUCCAGCUUGUUGAAAAGUGUAUUGGUUACAAAAGCCGAAUAUGACGAGAAGGGUGCAACCUGGCUAGCGAAAAGAUUUGCGGGAGGCGAGAAAUAGGACGCCUCUAGCGAGUCAACCGUAAG